GACAGACUGCCACGCUCUUUCUGUCCCAACUAGUGGGAAUACUGAAGAUAUGGGUGACUAUUGAAAAAUGCAUUGUUCUAGUUCUCCUUUACUCUCCUGUUUGCGUCUCGGCGCCGGGGACAGGACCAAAAAGGGGAGUUGGGUGGGGCGGCAGACUCGGAAGCCUCCAGCACUUGACUUUGCUUUGAUUUCGGCAGACACGAGAACACAGCAGGGAGAGAGACGAGGGGGGUGGAGUGGCGAGUGAGUGCAAAGGGGCAGGACUUUUUCUCUCUCCUCUAUUAAGAGGAAACUUUUGUGUUUUGUUCUCCAAGUUCAGCUCGGUCCUCAAGCCGUGUUCUCCGCUGCGCUUUUCUCCAAUCUUCGCUCUUUUCUUCCAUUCCCUCCGAUGCCUUCAUUUUUCUGCGUUUUUUUUCACUUUUCAUUGCAAUUCUGGAUAUCGAGAUCAUGCGCAUUCAAACGGGACCUGUUCUGAAAAUUGUUUGUUCUUCGUUUCCAUUACUGUUUUAGUUGGAAUAUAAAUGUUUCGCCGUGCACUGCUUGUUUUGGGGUAAAGAUGACCCGUGUCUUUUGCGCUUUUGCUGGAGUCAUGAUGGUGUUUCGCAUUAUUUUGCUGUGCAUCAUGGAGUUGCAUACUGGCUGCGAUGCGGUGCUCGCCGCCGGUCUCACCACUUUCAGGGCUUUCGCUCCACCUGCACAAGAGGGUGUUGUGCGGACCGUCGAUCGGAUUUACCAUGGUGGUGGGAAGGUUGGUUACCUACUCUACAUGGAUGGGAGAAAGUUUCAGUUAGAUAUGGAGAGGGAUGAGUCAAUUUUGUCACAUCACUUCAGUCCGAAAUAUGUGAUGGCCCUGAUGGGGGCGGGAGAAGACGCCGCGCCUCUGCACCGGGAGUGUGUUUACCGGGGAACCGUGGACUCCAACCCCGAGUCCCUGGCGGUUUUCAGCCUCUGUGGUGGGGGUCUAGAGGGAUUUUUCGCUUUGAAACACGCACGCUACACAAUCACACUUCUCAUCCGAACCAAGGGACACGAUAAUGACGUGCGCUCGCUGGAUGACAAGGAUGCGAAGAGCGCGCUCCACUACUUCACGCGGGAGCGCUUCAGCUUCGAAGCCAUGCCUGUGAGCGAGAGCUGUGGGACCAAGGAAGGGCGCGGGCGCAUGGAUGCAUCGAGGAAACACCGGCGUAAGGGUCGAGGGAACGGGAAACGCGACCGGCAUGGUGUCACCCUGGACAGGGGCGAGGAGCGCAGCAGAGCGCACGGCAGAAGAUGGUGGACGCAGUUGUCCAAACCUGCCUCUCCACCCUCACUGGGAAGUCGGCGCAAGAGAUCGGUUUCGCGCGCCAGGCACGUGGAGCUCCUGCUGGUCGCAGAUGAGUCCAUGUCCAAGAAGUAUGGCAAGGACCUGCACCACUACCUGCUCACGCUGGCCUCCAUCGCUUCCAAGUUGUACGGCCAUGCCAGCAUCGAGAACCCCAUCCGUCUGUCCGUUGUGAAGGUGACCAUGGUCACGGAGAAGGAGAAGGGGCUGGAUGUGUCCAAGAACGCAGCCGCCACGCUCAAGAGCUUCUGCAAGUGGCAGAACCAGCAGAACCCACUGGACGACGACAACCAGCACCACCACGACGCCGCCAUCCUCUUCACCAGGCAGGACCUGUGUGGGCACCACUCGUGUGACACACUGGGCAUGGCCGACGUUGGCACCAUCUGUUCACCAGAGAGGAGCUGUGCCGUCAUAGAGGACGACGGACUCCAUGCCGCCUUCACCGUGGCACACGAGAUAGGUCACUUGCUGGGCCUGUCUCACGACGACUCCAAGUUCUGCGAAGAGCGUUUCGGCGCCAGCGCGGACAAGCGUCUCAUGUCGUCCAUCCUGACCUCCAUCGACGCCUCCAAACCCUGGAGCCGCUGCACCUCAGCUACCAUCACGGACUUCUUUGACGAUGGCAACGCCGAGUGUCUCCUGGACUCCCCCCGCCAGCCCCUGCUCGGCUCAGAGGAGCUGCCCGGCCAGAGCUACGACGCUGUGCGCCAAUGCCGCCUGGCGUUUGGACCCGAGUACACGGUCUGCCCGGGCAUGGAUGUGUGCGCCCGCCUGUGGUGCGCAGUGAUACGCCAGGGGCAGAUGGUGUGCCUGACCAAGAAGCUGCCCGCCGUGGAGGGCACGCCGUGUGGCAAGGGUCGCAUCUGCCUCCAGGGAAAGUGUGUGGACAAGACCCGCAAGAGACACUACUCGGCAUCUAACCAUGGUAGUUGGAGUUCAUGGGGUCCGUGGGGGGCAUGUUCGAGGACGUGUGGUGGAGGGGUGCAGUUUGCCCAGCGUCUGUGUAACAACCCGCCGCCCCGAAACAAUGGGCGCUACUGCACCGGCAAGAGGGCCAUCUACAAGUCCUGCAGUGUCAUCCCGUGCCCCUCGCCCAGUAAGAGUUUCCGCCAGGAGCAGUGUGAGUUGCGGAACGGCCCCCAGACAGACCCUAAGGGGGUGAAGACCUUUGUGGAGUGGGUACCCAAGUUCGCAGGGGUGCUACCUAAAGAUGUGUGCAAGCUGACCUGCCGGGCCAAGGGCACAGGCUACUAUGUGGUGUUCUCGCAGAGGGUGGCGGACGGGACAGAAUGUCGGCCUUACAGCAGCUCAGUGUGUGUGAAGGGCAAGUGUGUGCGUACCGGCUGUGACGGCAUCAUCGGCUCCAAGCUGCAGUUUGACAAGUGUGGCAUCUGUGGAGGGGACAGCACCGGCUGCAUCCGGGUGAUAGGGAACUUCACCAAGAAGAGUAAGGGCUACACAGACGUCGUGAAGAUCCCAGCGGGCUCCACCCACAUCAAGGUCCGCCAGCACAAGCCCAAGGACCAUCCCCGCUACACAGCCUACCUGGCCCUGCGUCGUCCCAGUGGCGACUACCUUCUCAACGGCAAGUUCAUGAUCUCUACCUCAGAGACGGUCAUCCCCCUCAACGGCUCGGUGCUCAACUACAGUGGCUGGAGCCAGCGGGACGAGUGGCUACACAGCAUGGGCCCUGGGGCCCUCAGAGAGGCCCUUACAGUUCAGAUUCUGGCCACGGACGCCAAGAGGCCCCUGGAUAUCCGCUACAGCUUCUUCAUGCCCCGUCGUGUUUCGGCUCCACCGCCACCACCUCCCCCGCACACCUCCACAACUACACCCACCACUACUACUACUACAACAACCACCUCUACUAGAUCAAGCAGUAGAACCAUAUCGGCUCCGUUUUUGGCCCUGGCUCUCUCUACAGCCCCAGGGGUGUCGACGGCGGCGGCCUCUGGGCCCCAGUGGGUGACUGGCCCCUGGAUGAUCUGCUCCAGGACUUGUGACACAGGCUGGCAGAGCCGCACGGUGCAGUGCAAGGACCCGCAGGCCAAGCUGGCCAAGGGCUGCCCUCUGGGCGACCGCCUCUCCGCCUUCAAACAAUGCCUGGUGAAAAAGUGUUGAGAGGACCAGAAACUAGACUCCCCUGAAAGUAGGGGGUACACACAGACAGAGAGACUGGCUAUUGACAGUCAACCCCUCCUCUUCCCUACCCCUCCCACCCUACUAUGCCAGGCCCUGCUUGGCACAGCUACAGACAUACGACGGACACAUGUGAACACUUCCGAAUAGUGCAGCCGCCCAAUCAGCAACCACCCACUUGUCACAUCCCUCCUCUAUCGGAAGGUUUUGUUUGUAUUCCCCUGUUAAUUACAUGUUUUGUUUGCCUUCCUGUAUGUUCUUGCUACUGUGGGUUUUUCAUGAUUUGUCCGCUUUGUCUCUUUGUCUUGCGUGACUGCACACCUCCGGACAAUGGGCCUCCGUUCUGUCGAGGGGCAGUUUUUCUCCACUUCCUUUCGGGGUACCCCGUUUUUCUUCUUGCUCUACCCACUGACGAUUCUCCACAUACGUUUGGUCUAUCCAACUUCCUGUUUGGAUUGCGGACCAGGAAGUAGGCUGGGGGCACAACCAAGAGCAAACGAUCCGUACUGUAACCAGUCCAGAAAUGGGGUUGAACCGCACUGCAAACAUCCCAGGUCAGAAAAUGGACAUGCAGUGAUAGACUGAGUUGGGGCAGAGUUGUGCCCAACAGCUAGUGCUGAGCGAUUUUAAACCUUCAUUUUGUUUAUUAUUUUGGUUUUUAAACAACUAAUUGACAGACUUUGUUUCAAUUAUUUGGAUCCCAUGUAGUUAUGUUUUAUUCUGUGAACUCAAUGUGCACAUGGGGCAGUUUCUCUAGAAAUAAAUCAGAUCAAGCCCAAACUAUGCGAUGGAGUUGGGAGUUGUAGUUUACAUCAGGCCAAUAUUCUAAAUAGUUUAGUGCAGAAAACAUGCUAAUUAACUACAAUGAUCAUAAUGGAUUGCGUGCGUACUUGUCCGAUCUGUGUGUUUCUUUUAUGCCUGCUACAUCAGGUUAGUACAGAAGAAGGCGCAUUCGAGAGGGAAAGAGAGCAGUUACAUUGCGAAGUAUCUCUACCUGAAAAUGCAUAGUCUAAGGGGUUGAUAGUUGGUAUUCAGUAGUCAUAAAAGUAUGCCUUAUUUACUUUGAAGAACUACUAAAAUACUGAUUUUGUCAGACCGCAUAGGCAGCAGCUCUACAGGAAGGACUUGGAAUUAAAUAAUAAAGUCGUCAAAUUAAACAAGUGUAAUAUAAACAACUGAAAUAUUUGAGUAAUUGAUAAGUAGUACUGGGCAGUCGCUAUCAUUAUUACUUGUUUUAUUCUGUGUUACAGCAUUCAACCCACAUAAUGCAUAGUGCAUUUAAUAUUUUCAGAAAUGGUUUGAAAUCGAAAACCAUGAUUUAUAUUUUAAUAAUCGAACCGAAACCGAACCGACCUCAAAAAGCACUAAUCGCUCAGCACUACCAACUGCCAAUGCCCAGUGACACCUAUAGAGUGACACUGGGCCAAGAGACCAUGGUGAACCUUCAACUCUGACCUUUGUGGAGGUUAAAGGUUGUAAUUAUAUAGGAUUACAUAAUGUGUGGGGCUAAGCUUGACAUUUGAGUGUUUGUCUUUGUGUGUAUGGGUUUGUUUAUAUUGUGAACAUACACGUGUGAACAUACAGUGUUUUUGUCAUACUCAGUGUCCUAAACUCUUUUAAUGGACUUUAACCCUCAGUUCCAUUUGUAUCACUAUGCGGGUGCUAGAGGGUCGCUACCAUUUUGUCACUAUGUUUAUUUGGCUCUACACGUCCGUCUGUCUUUCUGUCUGUUUGUCUGAUUAGGAAAAAAGCAAUUCUUGCUAGUAUGACAAUGUGUGCACUGGAUACUCGCAAAUACAGCAAGAGGGAAACUAACCCAGUCAUACCUGACCAAAUACACUUCUACAGCUCUCUCUCUCUCAACAUAUUGACACAUUCUUGUUUAAGCUAUCCAUUUCUCUCACUCUGACAUCCACUACCAUCCAUUCUCUGUCAUCCCUCUAUCCCUCAUGAGCUUGUAAUGCGAAACCACACACCCUUUGACGGGUGGUGAUAGACAUGCAAUAUACUGGAUACAUAUGGGAUCUUGCAACAUAGGCACAACUCACUGUUUGUCAUACACAGGCACAGACACACAUUGACAUAAAGAAUACACAACACCCCCAAAUGACUUAAUUAAGAGUAUUUUCACUGUAUUAGGCCCACAUUAACGCAUAAUACACACAUAUUUUACACACACAUUUUAACUCGCACAAUACAUGUUUAGAUAGAAGCAACAGUAUCACAUAUGUACAGAAUACAUUUUGCACACACACAUAUGUUUAAAAAAUUCCACCGCACGCAUGCAAACACACACACACACCAAUAUAGUGUAUCUGUAUUACUGUUUGACACUUCCCAUGGGAAAAGACCCUUUCGUUGAACGACAGAAACACAGCACUGAACUUGUAAUUUAUUGUUUGUACAACUGGUAUGUGAAAAAAAGAACCAUGUGAUGAAUUUAUUUAUUAUUAUGGUAAUGUUGUAUCAUGUUUACUAUUUAACUAAUAAUAUGACUGUGCAGAAUAAUUCAUUUUGAAGAAAAUUGUGCUUUCUAGUCAUCUACAUGAAUAUAUGUACAUAAAAUGUAUAUAUUUAAAA